ACUAAUUAAAAAAAAAAAAGCCCACUGAGAUGCCGGUCCCCGAGCAGUCAAAAGCGGUAGUCAAAAAUUACAAGAUAAGUGUCUUGAAACCUACUUCUUGAAACAGUGCAAGUCAUAGGAAUGAAGAAAUACAGAAGCAGGCAGAGAGUUCCAGAGUUAACCAAAGAAAAAGAUGAAAGAUCGAGAAUAACUCUUGCUUUAGAGAGGUGGACAGAAUAGGGAUGAGAGAUAGAAUAGUCUUGUGCAGCGAGGCCACGGGAGGAAGGGAGGCAUGCAGUUAGCAAGAUCAGAAUAGUAGUUGGCAUGAAAAUAAUGGUAGAAGAUAGCAAGAGUUACAACACUGCGGCGAUGAGAAAGAGGCUGAAGACAGUUAGCUAGAGGAGAGUUGAUAAGACGAAAAGCUUUUGAUUCCACCUUGUCCAAAAGAGGUAUGAGUGGAAUGCCUCCCAUACAUGUGAAGCAUACUUCAUACAUGGACGGAUAAGGCCCCUGUACAGAGUUAGCAGCUUUGGGGGUGAGAAAAACUGAAGGAGACGACUUAGAACGUCUAACUUCAUAGAAGCUGUUUUAGCUACAGAUGAGAUGAGAAGCUUCCAGUUUAGAUUAUAAUUAAAGGGCAGACCGAGGAUGUUCAGCGUAAAAGAGGGGACAGUUGAGUGUCAUUGAAGGAGAGGAGAUAGUUGUCUGGAAGGGUGAAUCGAGUUGAUAGAUGGAGGAAACAGGUUUUUGAGACACUGAAAAAUACUAAGUUUGCUCUGCCCUAAUAAAAAAUUUUAGAGAGAUCAGAAGUCAGGCGUUCUGUGACUUCCCUGUGUGAACUGUUUACUUCCUGAAGGAUUGGACAUUUACAAAAAAAAAAAAAAAAAAGUGGAAAAGUGCAGGGUGGUAUCAUCAGCGUAGGAGUGGAUAGGACAAGGUUUGGUUUAGAAAAUCACUGAUGAAUAAUAAGAAGAGAGUGGCUGACAGGAAAAAACCCUGAGGAACACCACUGUUAAUAGAUUUAGGAGAAGAACACAUGACAAUCUACCACGGCAGCAACAGAAGGGUCAGAAAGAAUACUUGAGAUGAAGUUACAGAGAGAAGGAAAGAAGCCGUAGAAGGGUAGUUUGGAAAUCAAAGCUUUGUGGCAGACUAUCAAAAGUUUUUGAUAUGUCUAAGGCAACAGCAAAGGUUUCACCAAAAUUUCUAAAAGGGGAUGACCAAGACUCAAUAAGGAAAGCCAUAAGAUCACCAGUAAUGCGCCCUCGACAGAACCCAUACUGGUGAUCAGAUAGAAGGUCACAUAAGAACAUAAGAAAUAAGGGAAGCUGCAAGAAACCACUCGCCUACACACGGCAGUCCCCAUAUAAAAUACAUCUGUCUAUUUCCACCUAUAAUCUCCAUCAAUAAAUCUGUCUAAUCUUCUCUUGAAGCUCCUUAAUGACUCAGCACUAACAACUUGAUUACUGAGUCCAUUCAUCCGCCACUCUGUUUGAGAACCAAUUCCUUCCUAUCUUUUUUUUUUUUUUUAACUAAGAAUUUUGCAUAUGUCCCCCUUGUUAUAACCGUUAUACCACUUAAAGACUUCUAUCAGGUCUCCUCUUAACAUACGUCUCUCUGAAGAAUAUAACUUUAACAGCUUCAAUCUCGCUUCGUAAGGAAUAUCCCCCAUCCCCAGUAACCUUUUAAUCAUUCUCCUUUGUACUGAUUCUAAUAGACCUAUAUCCUUCCUGUAAUGUGGGGACCAGAACUGCACAGCGUAGUCUAGACGAGGUCUGACCAACGCCAAAUAUAACUUUACUAUUACUUCGAGGCUUCUGCUUUUAACACUCCUAAUAAUUAAUCUUCAUACUCUAUUUGCCCUAUUUCUGGCCUCUAUGCAUUGCUUUUUUAGACGGAGUUCAACGCUAACUAUAACUCCUAAAUCUUUCUCGUACUCUGAACCUACCACAGCUUCGUUGUUUUUUGUGUACCUACUGUGUGGGUUUCCUCUACCUACGGUAAGUACUUUGCAUUUGUUGAUACUAAACUGCAUUUGCCAUCUGUCUGUCCAUUCGUUCAUCCUAUCCAAAUCUGCCUGCAAGGCGAUGGCAUCCGAUUCUGACCUAAUUAAUCUACCUAUCUUCGUGUCAUCCGCAAAUUUACUAACAUCACUAUUAAUUCCACUAUCCAAGUCAUUGGUAUAUAUUGAAAAACAACAGUGUCCCUGAAAUUGAUCCUUGUGGCAUCCCGCUAAUUACUUGACUCCACUCGGAUUUAGAUCCGUUUAUUAUUUUGUCACCUGUCACUUAGCCACAACUUUAUCCAGUCUAACACCUUCCCAUCUAUCGCAUGCGCACUAACCUUUCUCAGGAGCUUCUGAUGGGGUAUCUUGUCAAACACUUUACUAAAGUACAGAUAUAGGAUGUCAUAACUAUCACCAUUAUAUGCCACCUCAUAAACUUUACUGUAAAAACUUAACAAGUUCGUCAGGCAAGACUUCCCCUUCGUGAAGCCAAGCUGUGACUGAUUUAUCAAUUUAUGUUUGUCUAAAUGUUCCCUAAUGUUCUUCGCUGUUACUGACUACAUUAUUUUACCUACAAUAGAAGUUAAGCUGACAGAUCUAUAAUUAGAUGUUAAAGGUUUAUCUCCUUUCUUAAAGAUGGUUACGACAUUCGCCUGCCUCGACAUUACUGGUACCUCACCUGAGUCAAGUGAUUUACUAAAGACAGAAACUAACGGUUCAUUAAUAACCUCUUUGCAUUCCUUAAGUACUCUAAAAUAUAUUUCAUCUGAUCCUAGUGUCUUGAACUUUUAAGCUUAUUUAUCUCCUGUUCCACUAUCUCCUUAGUUAUGGUAAUAUUUGUCAGCUUUUCAUUCUCUUCUGCUCUAAACAUCUCUUCACUAUUCAGCAUUUCCUGCAUGUUUUCCUCGGUGAAGAUAGUUAAAAAAUACUCGUUCAGAAUUUUACUAAUCCCCUCCUCAGAACUAACCAGCUUCCUAUCUGCUGCCUUUAAUGGACCUAUUGUUUCUCCAGUCUCCAGUCUCCAGUCUCCAGUCCUAUAUACCUGAUAAAUUCCCUUGGGUUCCGUCUUCGCCUGUCUGGCUACCUUUAAUUCAUAAUUGUUUUUAGCUUUCCUCAUAAACCUCCUGACCGUUCUAAUUUAUUAUAUUGUGGCCUUAAAACCUCUUCUCCUGCCUUUAAUCUCUUAUAUAUUCUUCUCUUCCGCCAUAUAUAGCGUUUUAAGGUAACAGUCAUCCAUUUAGGGUCAUUCUUGUGUGAUCUUAUUGUUCUAUAAGGGAUGUUUGCUAACUGUCUUGUAUGUAAUUUAUCAAUGAAAUAUUUAUACAACUCAUGUACAUUCACUUCCCCUAAGCUUCUCAUCUCGGCCCCCUCCAUCCUCUCCACUUCUACUCGCUUCGACCUCACCUCGCCCAUCUCAGCAUGACCUGACCCUCCAACAUACUCACACAUACCUCCCCAUCUCUCAAUCCUCCGACCCUUCCGGACACUUCUCCCCUCUUCUAGCAAUUCCGGACAUUUCUCCCCUCCUUCAGUUCUUCACCCCCACACACCACCUCACCUCCCUCACCCUGCCUUAACUCUCUCAACUCCGUCCUGGACCUUACCUCCCCCUCCAUCCGUUGCCAGUCAACUCCUUUGCUCUCCUAAAGUCAUGUGUUUUACAAGUGUUUUUGCUUCUUAAAGUUUCCUCCCACUUAAAUUUCUACCUAAUUUCACAAUGGUCACUAUUACCUAGCUGUCCACCUACCUCUACCUGCGUGACUACUUCCUCCUUGUUAAUUAAAAUCAAAUCUGGAAUAUUAUUCUCCUUUUGGGUUCUAAUAUAUAUUUUUUUUUAUGUAAGAGGGACACUGGCCGAGGGCAACAAAAAUUCAAUAAUAAAAAAAAAAAAAAAAAGCCCACUGAGAUGCCAGUCCCAGAAAAGGGUCCAAAGCGGUAGUCAAAAAUUGAAGGAUAAGUGUCUUGAAACCUCUCUCUUGAAGGAAUUCAAGUCAUAGGAAGGUGGAAAUACAGAAGGAGGUAGGGAGUUCCAGAGUUUAUAGAGAAAGGAAUGAAUGAUUGAAAAUACUGGUUAACUCUUGCAUUAGAGAGGUGGACAGAAUAGGGGUGAGAGAAAGAAGAGUCUUGUGCAGCGAGGCCGCAGGAGAAGGGGAGGCAUGCAGUUAGCAAGAUCAGAAGAGCAGUUGGCAUGAAAAUAGCGGUAGAAGACAGCUAGAGAUGCAACAUUACGGAGAUGAGAGAAAGGCUGAAGACAGUCAGUUAGAGAAGAGGAGUUGAUGAGACGAAAAGCCUUUGAUUCCACCCUGUCUAGAAGAGUGGUAUGAGUGGAAACCCCCCCAGACAUGUGAAGCAUACUCCAUACAUGGAUGGAUAAGGCUCUUGUACAGAGUUAGCAGCUGGGGGGUGAGAAAAACUGGCGGAGACGUCUCAGAACACCUAACUUCACAGAAGCUGUUUUAGCUAGAGAUGAGAUGUGAAGUUUCCAGUUCAGAUUAUAAGUAAAGGACAGACCGAGGAUGUUCAGUGUAGAAGAGAGGGACAGUUGAGUGUCAUUGAAGAAGAAGUAAUAAUUGUCUGGAUGGUUGUGUCGAACUUAUAGAUGGAGGAAUUGAGUUUUUGAGGCAUUGAACAGUACCAAGUUUGCUCUGCCCUAAUUAGAAAUUUUAGAAAGAUCAUAGGUCAGGCUUUCUGUGGCUUCCUUACGUGAAAUGUUUACUUGCUGUAGGGUUGGACGUCUAUGAAAAGACGUGGAAAAGUGCAGGGUGGUAUCAUCAGCGUAGGAGUGGAUAUUACAAGAAGUUUGGUUUAGAAGGUCAUUGAUGAAUAAUAAGAAGAGAGUGGGUGACAGGACAGAACCCUGAGGAACACCACUGUUAAUAGAUUUAGGAGAAGAACAGUGACCGUCUACCACAGCAGCAAUAGAACGAUCAGAAAGAAUACUUGAGAAGAAGUUACAGAGAGAAGUACAGAAGCCGUAGGAGGAUAGUUUGGAAAUCAAAGCUUUGUGCCAGACUAUCAAAAGCUUUUGAUAUGUCCAAGGCAACAGCAAAAGUUUCACCAAAAUUUCUAAAAGAGGAUGACCAAGACUCAGUAAGGAAAGCCAGAAGAUCACCAGUAGAGCGGCCUUGACGGAACUCAUACUGGCGAUCAGAUAGAAAGAAGGUUGUGAAGUGAUACAGAUUUAAGAAUCUUCCUGUUGGUGAUAGAUUCAAAAACUUUAGAUAGGCAGGAAAUUAAAGCAAUAGGACGGUAGUUUAAGGGUUAGAAAGGUCACCUUUUUUAGAAACAGGCUGAAUGUAGGCAAACUUCCAGCAAGAAGGAAAGGUAGAUGUUGACAGACAGAGCUGAAAUAGUUUGACUAGGCAAGGUGCAAGCACGGAGGCACAGUUUCGGACAACAAUAGGAGGGACACCAUCAGGUCCAUAAGCCUUCCGAGGGUUUAGGUCAGCGAAGGCAUGGAAAACAUCAUUGCGAAGAAUUUUAAUAGGUAGCAUGAAGUAGUCAGAGGGUGGAGGAGAGGGAGGAACAAGCCCAGAAUCGUCGAAGGUAGAGUUUUAGCAAAGGUUUGAGCGAAGAGUUCAGUUUUAGAAAUAGAUGUGAUAGCAGUGGUCCCAUCUGGUUGAAAUAAAGGAGGGAAAGAAGAAGAAGAAGAAGAAGCAAAGUUAUUGGAGAUAUUUUUGGAUAGAUGCCAGAAGUCACGAGGGGAGUUAGAGCUUGAAAGAUUUUGACACUUUCUGUUAAUGAAGGAGUUUUUGACUAGUUGGAGAAAUAUCCUAAAUUAUCUUAAGAAAUUCAUCUGCUUCAUUGUUACUCAUCAUCAGGCUCCAGCCGAUGUUCCUAAAAUUAAAAUCUCCUAUCAUACAUACUUGACUGUACCUGCCUGCUCCAUUUAUUUUCUGCCAUAGUGAGGUGUUAAUUUCCUUUGUACUGUUCGGUAGCCUGUACACUAAUCCCAGUACUACUGACUGAUCCUUCCUUAAUAUUUACCCAAAUCGACUCUAUUUUGCUAUCAGUUUUAAUUCUGCUGUUUAUACAAUAUUGUAAUGUGUCCUAAUGUACAGCACGACGCCACCCCCUCUCAUGUUUUCCAUGUCUUUAUAGAAUAGUGUAUAACCAUCUAUUUUAACCUCUGGAUUAAAUAUUUUCCUGACAUAUCUAAACAAGUUUCUGUUAAGGAUUGGGAUAUAGCAAAUUGGGUUAGAAAAUCGCCCAUCAACAAAAAACGAGAUAGCCCAAAAGUAUCUCACACGCGUUGUCAAUCAUUCCCCAGAUUUUUGUUUCUCUACGCGCGUAUUUUGCGUAAUUUAUAAGCUGGUAUUUAAUUAAAGAUCCUGCUCAAUAGUGCGUCGCGCUGACAUGUAAACAAAUUUGUACCCAUCCAAUUUUUUUGACCGAUUUUAUUAAUCAUUUUUAUGUUACAAAGCGAUGUAUGGCUACUCAACCUCACUGCUUUGGGCUAGAAAGCUGUCAACGAGGACACCCUGAAGAAGGCUGGCAAGCAGAAUACAUCUCCCAUCAGGAAGCCAAGUCAUGCUGUGACGAAACUACAACUAACUCUAAAUGUAAAGGAGUAGAAGGUGUUGCAUUCACUCCACACACGUCUGUCAGAUGACAACCUUCUGUCGAGGUGUCUAAAAGGGAAAACCCAAAAACCCUAAUGAAAGCCUCCACAGCAGGGUCUGAAUCUUAUGCCCCAAGGCUGUGAGUGUCAGCAAGGCAAUUGUGGAUUUUGCUAAAGCUCAAGCUUGUCUGAUAUACAACAAGGGUUAUGAGAAGGGAAGUAUGUGUGAAACGCUCAACAUUCCAAGGUAAAGAUCGAAAAGAAAAGCAUUGUUGUUGAGCAGCCACAGCUGCUAAUAUUGAAUUUUUUUCAUCCAGUAAAAUUGUGAGUGAGUGAGUGUGUGAGUGAGUGUGUGUGUGUGUGUGUGUGUGUGUGUGUGUGUGUGUGUGUGUGUGUGUGUGUGUGUGUGUGUGUGUGUAAAAACUCUACCGCAUUGGCCACCAUAUUUUCACCUGAUGAUUUAUUGUUUUUGAUGGCGAGUUCAGCGACCUUCACAUAUGUUACCUGCUAGUGAAUCAUACUGUACACUACUGAAUCACGUACAUUGGUAGAAUCCCCAUACAGACAUGUGUCAUAUAUCGCGAAUCUGACCCACGUAUCUCAAACAAAUAUAAGCCCCAAACAGAUCUACGUGACACAGCGGGUCGGACCCUCGCUCCAUCCGGUAUGAAGACUUUCACGCUGGUCAUUGGGGGCUGCAGUUCCCUGGCGCUGCUGUCGCUGCUCCUACUGCAGGUGUCUGGAGUGGUCGCGAAAGGAAGGGAAGGCAACGCGUGUCAGGAUGUGGGAGGACAGUGUAGCAGCAACUCAGCGUGCUCUGUUCUCUCUGCUUCUUCUUCUGGCUGUCCCGCAAACCAGCCCUACUGCUGCAGCUCUCCUCGAAAAGGAACGCGAAAGAAUGCCAGUAGUCAAAGAAAAAAGAACAAGAAAACCGCUCGGCGAAAAUUUAUGAACA